UAAUGUUUCAAAAUAAGUACUAUAUUUUGGAAUAUCUAAUAGAACAGAUUAUGAUAGAGGUGUAAACACAUUUUCUCCAGAAGGUCGUUUAUUUUAAGUAGAGUAUGCCUUAUAAGCAAUUAAAUUGGGUGCAAGUGCAUUGGCAAUAAAAGUGAAUGAGGGUGUAGUUUUGGCAGGAGAGAGAAAGUUAAAUUCAACACUCUUAGAACCAAAGAGUAUAGAAAAAAUAUAUGAAAUUGAUACACAUGUUGCAUGUACUGCUUCUGGAUUUAUUCCUGAUGCAAGAACAUUAGUUGAACAUGCAAGAGUGGAAUCCCAAAAUCACAAAUUCAAUUAUGGUGAAUCAAUAAAUGUUAGAGCACUAACAUAGAUAGUUUGUGAUUUAGCACUUGAUUUUGGUGAAAGUGAUUCAAAAAAUAAAACAAGAAUGUCCAGACCAUAUGGAGUAGCAUUAUUAAUUGCAGGAGUAUCUGAUUAAGGACCAUAAAUUUAUUAGACAGGUAAUAUACUUUAUAGACUGAAAAGAUCCUACUGGAACUAUGAUAGAAUAUCAAGCCAAAGGAAUAGGUGCUGCAGAUGAAGGAAUUUAAAGUAUUUUGAAGGAAUAAUACAAAUAAGUAAUAUAACAAAAAAAUAUACAAGGAUUUAACUUUAGAAUAAGCUGAAAGAUUAGCAAUUUUAUGUUUGAAGAAUGUUAUGGAAGAAAAAGUAACAAACUUUACUCAUCAUCUUAGAUAAAUAAUAAAAAUGUAGAAUUGGCAGUAAUUACAACAAUAGAAAAAAGAUUUACAUAGAGAACACCUGAAUAGAUUUAAAGUUUAAUUGAUAAAGUAUGA